CAGCCGCUACUGCAAGCACAUGGUCAAAGAGCUCUACUAGUUCCUACGCUUUUGUGUGUAUGUAUGUGUGUGUGCGUGUGUGUGUAUGUUAGAGGGGGGGAGUGACUGUGAAGAAGCACUUGCUUGGCCCUGCAUCCUGUUGUGGAAGUGCGACGGUGCGCGUGUUGCUGUGUGUGCGUGUUGUGUGUCUGCGAGGUGUGUUUGCUGUCAGAGCCAGCUCAAGCAUGAAGAGAGGCAAGAAUGCAGAGGAGGCGGCCGCAGAUGGCGACAACGACAACGGCACUGCCCCUGCAAAGAAAGGGAAGAAGGCCAAGGAGCCCGAGGCCCCGAUCAUGUACGAAGACCCUCCCGACAAACUGACCAGCAAAGACGGACGCAGCGCCAACAUGAAGAUCACCUCCUGGAACGUGGACGGGCUGCGGGCCUGGGUGAAAAAGAACGGCCUGGAUUGGGUGCGUGAGGAGGCUCCGGACGUUUUGUGCCUGCAGGAGACCAAAUGCGCAGAGAAGGCUCUCCCCGCCGAUAUCACCUCCAUGGCCGAGUAUCCACACAAGUACUGGUCCGGCUCCGAGGACAAGGAGGGCUACAGCGGCGUGGCCAUGCUCUGCAAGACCGAGCCCGUCAAAGUGACCUACGGCAUCGGUAAGGAGGAGCACGACAAAGAGGGCCGCGUCAUCACCGCCGAGUUCCCCUCCUUCUUCCUGGUGACGGCCUACGUGCCCAACGCCGGCCGCGGCCUCGUGCGGCUCGAUUACCGCAAGACCUGGGACGUGGACUUCCGCGCGUACCUGAGCGGCCUGGACAAGCAGAAGCCCCUGGUGCUGUGCGGCGACCUGAACGUGGCGCACGAGGAGAUCGACCUGAAGAACCCCAAGGGCAACAAGAAGAACGCCGGCUUCACGCCCGACGAGCGCGAGGGCUUCAGCCAGCUGCUGGCGGCCGGGUUCACCGACAGCUUCCGCGAGCUCUACCCCGAGCAGGCCUACGCCUACACCUUCUGGACCUACAUGAUGAACGCGCGCGCCAAGAACGUGGGCUGGCGGCUCGACUACUUCCUGCUGUCGUCGGCGCUGGUGCCGGGCCUGUGCGACAGCAAGAUCCGCAACAAGGCCAUGGGAAGCGACCACUGCCCCAUCACUCUGCACAUCACGGUGUAGGUCACCGUCCCGAGUCUGUCUGCUGCAGGGGGUCACGACAGGGACGGGACGAUAUUUGUCUGAACGUACGAUUCGAUACAACUAUAAUAAGAUACAAUUAUAAAAGUCCCAACACCAAAAAUAACUGCCAAAUUAUGGUUAAAUUGAAGGCCUAAAUUUACCUUGCAACUGGAUUGGCUUGCUAAAAUUUAAACAACUUUUAAACAUCAUCAUUCCAUGCCAUAUUGUUAAAUUUCCACGGGCGAACCGUCUCAUUUUAGAUUGAAGCAGAUCAAAGUGUAGCUCAUGCCGUGCCUCAAUGCGUUCCUCCUCCAUCGCGUGGAAAAUUCCCUGACCUCUCCGUGUCUAAGAUGUUUAAUUUCCAUGACCUGUAUGAACACAAGUUUCUCUUCUGGUCCUCGACCAAACUUUAAACAGACUUGCGAUGCAGCGUUUUUAUUGUUAACGCUUAUAUUUCUGUUUUGCCGUGACUUCUCCCAAGAAUUCACAAAAUUCCCCAAUUCGCUGUAACCGGAAACAUGUAUUCCACGACCUGCAGGAACACUGACUGUUAUUUUUUUUGCGUUGUGAUUCGCUGAAUUUUGACGUAUCGUCCCGUCCCUGUCAUCUGACCAUCGAGGGCCACGCGUUAAGCAGCUUUUCAUUAAAAUGCAAACCCCACAGCAGCUGAUUUCACUGAUUUAACCUUCAACCAGUGGCGAUGAAAUUACCAGUAAAAUCAGUUGUCAUGUUUGGUUUGGAUU